AUGGUGAGCUCGGAUCCGGACGGGAGCGGAGGCACGCCGGACGUCUCCGAGCUUUUCUGCCACUACAACUCCCUCUACUUCCGCGAUUCCCUCGGCUCGUGCGCCGUCUCAUGGGCCGAGGACCCACUACCCAAUUGUGAUGUAAGUACAUGUGACUAUUAUCCUGGAGGCGGUGGCUGUAUAAUACUUCUUUCGAAAUCCUUAUGUGGAUCUCAUAAUGGAUCUGAUCUGAAGAAUGCUUUGCUUCAUGAGAUGAUUCAUGCCUAUAUUUGCAUCAAAGACAACAACAGUAACCAUGGUGAUCAUGGUGCAAAAUUUCAGAAACUGAUGAAUACGAUCAAUUUGAGUUCUGUAGCUGAUCCCCAUCGACCAGUUGAUGGCUACAGCAUAACUCUGCUCCAUGAGACCCAUAAGAAAUAUUAUCACUACAAAUGUCAAAGCUGUGCCGAUUUUACCAAGUCAACCAAUAUGAGAGGACCUUCUGGUGAUGACUGCAUUGAGAGAAAAGGUCUAGAUGACCCAUGUCAUAAUUCUAACUGUCACUGGCAUAGACACAAGCAGCGGUGCUCGGGUAAUUAUUGUAGAGUUCAAGAAUCAUCACCAGGAGGUCUAGAACUAAAAUGUUCGGAAGCUGUAGAAGCAUUCAAUGAGGUCAAGGUCGAAGAACCUGCCUGUACAAGUUGGCACCCCACACAUACAUCAAAUAAGAGCAGAAGAAGCAAUAGAAACAAGCGGGAAGAUGCCUCUACGGAGUUCCUUCAUGUUGCUGAUAAUGCAGUUGGCUGUUCAGGACUGGAUUCCUCUUCAAAAGACGGGUCUAAUAAGAAAAUCAAAUUUUCAAAGGAUGUUAGCUCUGACCUUCGAAGGACAGAAACUGUUCAGGAAGCACCAAAACGCCCUAGAACAGCUGUACUAGAUAACCAAGAAUGCAGCAGACGGAAGAAAAGGAAACAAAGCAAGCGGUAUGGUUCCUACUCGGUAAUAAUUGAAUGGUUGAAUUACUAUUGUCUUAGUGAGUCGGAUGAAGAUGAGGUGCCAUUGAUCAAUAAGCGAACAGAAAGAAGGCGCCGGCAAAUAUUACAUGAAAUGUCUCUAGCCAGGGAAUCCAACGAUGUUGUUGAGUUUGGCAGCUCAACUUCUCAUACGGUUGGUUCUUGCGCACUAGCUCCCAAGGACAAUGGCAAACUUGAAAUUGUGCCAGCUUCUCAACCUGAAGAAAGAUCCUGCUCAAUUAAUCCUGUGGCUAGCAACGGAGUUGCUGGAAAUCAAACUGGUCAUGAACCUAUGUCUUCUCCAAUGGAUUCACCAAUUAGAGGUGAAAUUGUUGACAUUUCAGAUGGUUGA